GUAACCGUUUUGUUCGCGGAUUUACACGCUUUCCUAGACAACAUGAAAAGCACAUGGGAGCUUUUGGAAAACCGAGUAAUCUACUAUGAGUGUGUGAUUAGAGCUUUGUUAAUGGCUUUGGAUGUUCCUAUCGGAAAACUUCAUUUUGGACAUUGUGUAUAUCCUUUGCUAUCAGGGAAUACACCUUUGACGUGUUGCGGUUAUGCGGGCAAGUGUCGCAGCGAGACGCUCUCAGAGCUGGUGCGGAAGGAAUACACCUUUGACGUGCUGCGGUUAUGCGGGCAAGUGUCGCAGCGAGACGCUCUCAGAGCUGGUGCGGAAGUUGUGAAACAAGUCGAUUCCCCAUUGCUUUCUGGUUUACUUUACCCACUUCUGCAAGCUCUUGAUGAGCAGUAUCUCAAGGUAUGA